AGCCCUGGGAGACUCGCCGGAUUCCGGGGGCCGGGCCGGGGACAGGACCCGGCUCCGCUUUCCAAGAGGAAGAGGGAUAGAGAGCUAGAAACAUCAAUGAGAGAGAGACGUCAAUCAGCUGCCUCUUGCACACCUCUUACUGGAGAUGUGCCCGCAACCAAGAUCUGCUGAUUUGGGUCCUACUUUAUUGACAAGACCUGGACAACCAGCACUUACCAGAGUGCCCCCACCUAUUCUUCCAAGGCCAUCACACCAGACAGGAAGUAGCAGUGUGAACACUUUCAGACCUGCUUACAGCUCAUUUUCUUCAGGAUAUGGUGCCUAUGGAAAUUCGUUUUAUGGAAGCUAUAGCCCUUAUAGUUAUGGAUAUAAUGGGUUAAACUAUAACCGCCUCCGUGUAGAUGAUCUUCCGCCUAGUAGAUUUGUUCAGCAAGCUGAAGAAAGCAGCAGAGGUGCAUUUCAGUCCAUCGAAAGUAUUGUACAUGCAUUUGCCUCUGUCAGUAUGAUGAUGGAUGCUACCUUUUCAGCUGUGUAUAACAGUUUUAGGGCUGUAUUGGAUGUAGCGAAUCAUUUUUCCCGAUUAAAAAUACACUUCACAAAGGUUUUUUCAGCUUUUGCAUUAGUUAGGACUAUACGGUAUCUUUACAGACGGUUACAGCACAUGAUAGGUUUAAGAAGAGGCUCCGAGAAUGAGGACCUAUGGUCAGAAAGUGAAAGAACUGUGGCUUGCCUUGGUGCUGAUGACAUAGCGGCUAACUCAGCAAAAUCUUGGCCAAUAUUCUUGUUCUUUGCUGUUAUCCUUGGUGGUCCUUACCUCAUCUGGAAACUGCUAUCUACCCACAGUGAUGAAAUAACAGGCAACACCAACUGGGCAAGUGGUGAGGAUGACCAUGUAGUUGCUAGAGCAGAAUAUGAUUUUGCUGCCCUAUCUGAAGAAGAAAUUUCUUUCCGUGCUGGUGAUAUGCUCAACUUAGCUCUCAAAGAACAGCAACCCAGAGUGCGUGGUUGGCUGCUGGCUAGCCUUGAUGGUCAAACAACAGGACUUAUACCUGCUAAUUAUGUCAAAAUCCUUGGUAAAAGAAGAGGUAGAAAAACACUGGAAUCCAGUAAAAUUUCCAAGCAACAACAGCCUUUGACCAACACAACACUAAUUAAAGGAGCCACAGCUGCUGAUUCUUUGGAUGAACAGGAAGCUGCCUUUGAAUCUGUUUUUGUUGAAACUAGUAAGGUUCCAGUUGUACCUGGUUCCACUGGAAUAAGUGGAGAUAAACAAGAUCUUUGAUAUCUUUUAGGUUUGCCUGCAGUUGAACUAUAGAAUACUUUUUAAAAAUUACUUAUAUGGGAAUUAUUCUAUAGUCCAAUGAACACCCUUAUUGCUAUUCCAGGUGUUUUGCUGCUAGAAUUGUUAAAGUUGUACACUAGUAUGUUGGUCUAGUGACCUGGUUACAUUUUACAAAAUUAUUGGGCCACAAGAAUGUUUGUUUCACCUAGAUUUUAAGAUUAUGAAAAAUGUUUUAUUUUCAUCUUAUUUAAAAAUCUAUGUUUAUUGCCUGGCCCAGUUUGAGAGUUGUCCUGUACACCAAAAAGUUUGCAGGUUCAAUUCCUGGUCAGGGUAUAUACCUAAGUUUUGGUUCUCUCCCUGAUUGGGGCACAUAACAGAGGCAACCAACCUCUCUCUCUCUCUCUCUCUCUCUCUCUCUCUCGCUCUCUCGCUCUCUCGCUCUCUCGCUCUCUCACUCUCUCUCUCACUCUCUCACUCUCUCGCUCUCGCUCUCUCUCGCUCUUUCGCGCUCUCUCUCUCUCUCCGUCUCUAAAAUCAAUAAACGUAUUCUCAGGUGAGGAUUUUUUUAAAAAAGUAAAACUGAAGGAGUAAGAGUAAUGAACUACAAAAUAUACUAUUUGUUACAGUAGGGAUUAUUAAUGUUUUUAAAAUUCUGCAUUGUCUUGAAAUCCUCAGAAAUUGAGUGCUAAUAUAUGAAAACAGGAAAAAAGGCUAAUUUUUUACAACUUUAAUUACAUUGAAUAAUAAAAAUUUUCUGAUCUGUA